GCACCGGACGGUCAGCUCUACCCUCGAGAGCCUAAAAAGCGAGCUCUGGUCGACCGGUGCCUCAACAUCGACAUGGGUUUGGGCCCACAAAUUGGCGAACUUAUGAGGACUAAAAUGUUCGCCGGAGUGGAUCCGCCACAAGAUGUGGUGACAAACCUGAAGAAUAAUCUCAAGGUUUUGGAUUUAAUAAUUGGUGCAAAUCAUUACGUGACGGGCGAUGAGUUGACAAUUGCUGACCUGUCACUGUUAGCCACCGGCACAUACAUGGAUUGGUUGGAACUGGAUGUAAGCGAAUUUGCCAAUUAUAAGCGCUGGUACACCACUGUCCACAAGGAAUUGCCGUAUUUCCAUCAAAUCAAUACCUUCUCGAAGGAGGAAAGGGAGGCUAUGGUUGCGAAGGGUAGAGCCACAUAUACCCCUAAAAAAUAAACUUUUAAUAUACAUUGUAUCAAGUGAAGUCCAGAUAUUAAAUGUAAUACUGUAUUAUAUAUGAAUUUUUGCUUUAAAAUUUAAAUUAAAUAUAUUGUAUUAUGC